AUGCAACUGCUCCUGUAUUCACAGAUUCCUCCAGAAUAUAAAGAGUUCCAUAAUUCAGAAAACAAAGCUGAAUGUUACCCUGACAUUGUUAGCUCCCGUUUUACCCCUCUUGUGUCUUUUAGCUUGUCGGAAAAUUCGAGGUGGUCGAGUUUGUGGGACGGUUCGUGGCGGUCGUGGGUGGUCCGUAGGGCGGAGCAGGGGAGUGUCCGACGGGAGAUGGAAAUAGUGGAAAGGAAGGGAGGGGAGAAAGGGAAUGAGAAAAUCGAGAUCAGGGCCAAGCAUCAUCCUGAUUUGAUUAUGUGCCGAAAGCAGCCAGGAAUUGUCAUUGGACGACUUUGUGAGAAAUGCGAUGGCAAGUGUGUGAUUUGCGACUCUUAUGUGCGUCCUUGUACACUUGUUCGGGUUUGUGGCGAAUGCAACUAUGACUCAUUUCAUGGCCGCUGCGUCAUAUGUGAAAGAAUAGGAAUAUCUGAUGCUUACUACUGCAAGGAAUGCACACAGCAGGAGAAAGAUAGGGAUGGCUGCCCCAAAAUUGUUAAUUUAGGAAGUGCCAAAACCGAUUUAUUCUAUGAACGCAAGAAGUAUGGUUUUAAGAAAAGAUGAUGACGGUGUAAGAGUGAGAUAUUUUAAUUUGUCUAAAACUGUUUCGUAUGUACUUCCUGAGAUAUCAUAUUAGAACCGUUGGAGUUGAGAUUUUAAGCAUAGAACUAUAUUUUCUUAUGCAAUUGUUGGUGAUGUAAGUGCAUAACUUGUUUACUAAGGAUCAUGCAAUUAAUAGAAUGAUUUGAACAAGUUCAGGUA